AUGGACGACUUGGGCGGAGGUCCUAGGCGCGGGGCUCCCUGGAAGAGGAUGUCUAAAGAGGAGCUGGAUAAUCAGUACUCCCCCAGCAGAUGGGUCGUCCGACUGGGAGCAGAGGAGGCCUUGAGGACCUACUCACAGAUAGGAAACGAGGCUACUAAGAGGGCCCAGGCCACCGGGAGGAACCUGCUCAAUGUCCCCUAUGGAGACGGCGAAGGGGAGAAACUGGACAUCUACUUUCCUGAGGCAGUGUCUGAAGCCUUGCCGUUCCUCGUGUUUUUUCAUGGAGGAUACUGGCAGAGUGGAAGUAAAGACUCGUCAGCCUUCAUGGUCAGCCCACUGACAGCACAGGGAGUGGCUGUGGUGAUAGUGGCUUAUGACAUUGCCCCCAAAGGCACCCUGGACCAGAUGGUAGACCAGGUGACCCAGAGCAUCGUGUUUGUCCAGAAACAGUAUCCAGGCAACCAGGGAAUUUACCUGUGCGGACACUCAGCUGGGGCCCACCUCGCCGCCAUGAUGCUCCUGGCCAACUGGACCAAGCAUGGAGUCACGCCCAACCUCAAAGGCUUCUUCCUGGUGAGUGGGAUCUAUGACCUGGAGCCUGUCAUGCACACCUCUGAGAACGCCUCUCUCCUCACAACCCUGGAGGAUGCUCAAAGGAACAGCCCACAGUGGCACCUGAAGACAGCCCCGACACAGCCUGUGGAUCCAGCCUGCCGCAUCCUGGUGACUGUGGGCCAACACGACAGCCCCGAAUUCCACCGACAGUCCAGGGAACUUUAUCAGACUCUGCGCCGAGGAGGGUGGAAAGCCUCCUUUGAAGAGCUCCAUGAUGUGGAUCACUUUGAAAUUCUUUGGAACCUAACCCAGAAGGACUACGUGCUCACCCAGAUUAUUUUGAAAACAAUCUUCCAGGAGUCCUGAUGACACCUGAACCCCCGCCGCCAGCAUGCACCCCGACUUGUGAAACUUCUCCCAAGAGCCCGACUGCUUCCCAUUCUUGCCGGCCUCAGUUUUCCCUGUGCCCAGCAGCGCCUCUGUUUGUCCACCCA